UUGAUUAAUAAUUUUCGAUCUAUAAAAUGUAAGAAAAUACUGACAAAUGCCCACAAUCACAAUUUCCUGGAGCCUGAGAUAAUGUCUUCGUAUUGUCCGAAAUCCACAGAUCUUCAGUUUACUGUCACAUGAGACAAAGAAAAGCAUCAGAUGAGCACACUUGAGAAGCUAUUUUUGGCAUUUUGUGCUUGAAAAAUGAACAAUAAUAAACAAUCAAAACAUUUGUGGAUUAUUGUUUCUUUCGAUUGAUUUAUUGACUUAUCGUUUCAGCUCUAUUUCGAAGUGAGAAAGCUAUCGACUCCUUUAGGCAUAAAUAUGCAAAUGUGCAUAUUUAGAACAGUAUUUGUAAACGGAAAUAAGGACGCAAAAACAAUGAAUUCAUGCACUUUCUUAAACUCCUCUCCUUUACAGAACGGGCUCAUACAGUAAUAAUACAGUUCCUGGCAUUUAGAAUAGAAUAUAUACUUCAUAUAUCAGAGCUAUCCGAGGUGAACUGUUGUUUCCUAUUGGUCAGGAGCAGCACCUGCCUCUUCUCCAGAGAGGGAGGAAGGUCGAUGUUUGCCCCAAAUUUAGUCUCCGAGGCAAAUUUAGUUUACAAAAGUCUUGUAUGUUUUCUCUUGCUCUGCAUAGGCAGUGGUGGUGGCAGGAGGUUGUUUCAGUCACUACUCCAGCUACAGCAGCUGGGAAGCUCAUCCUCUGAUAAUAGGUGAACCUGGCCUUUGCCGAGGCCGCCAUGUCAGCAUUCAACACAGUGAUCAACUUUGCCUACGCUGUUCACAACGAGUGGUACUUUGGUUUGGUUUACUGCCGCUUCCACAACUUCUUCCCCAUUGCAGCCGUAUUUGCCAGCAUUUACUCCAUGACGGCCAUAGCUCUGGACAGGGCUGUGACAGCAAUAUUGCUGUUGUCCUCAUCUCCACCUUUUCUCUGCGACUGUAUACUAGAAAACCAAAUCAGCAUGGCCCCUGUAUACAUGGCGAUCAUCCAUCCCCUGCAGCAGAGGCUGACUUCUACAGAGACCCGUGUGGUGAUGGGUGUGAUCUGGAUGCUGGCUCUGCUUCUAGCCUUUCCUCAGUACUACUACUCGUCCACUGCCCUGCUGCCUGGACGCACAGUCUGCUACAUAGACUGGCCUGAAUACGCCACUGUGGACUUCAAAAAGAUAUACUAUGUGUGUGUGACACUGCUGAUUUACUUCCUGCCCCUUUGCAUUAUGGGAUGUGCGUACACAACCGUGGGUGUCACCCUCUGGGCAAGUGAGAUUCCUGGAGACUCCUCCGAACACUACAAAGAACAGCUUUUUGCCAAACGCAAGGUGGUGAAGAUGAUGAUCGUGGUUGUGUGUACAUUCGCUGUCUGCUGGCUGCCCUAUCAUAUCUACUUCUUACUGCACCAGUUCUUCCCCGAUUUAUUCGAACAGCGCUACAUCCAACAGGUCUACCUGGCCAUCAUGUGGCUGGCCAUGAGCUCCACCAUGUAUAACCCAAUCAUCUACUACUGCCUCAACAGCAGGUUCAGAGCUGGUUUUCAGCAGGUGUUUUGUUGCUGUGCUCCCAAUGUCGCCAAAAAGGAGCUAGAGCUCAAAUCACCACGCUACCUGCAAACCCAGGUGAGCAUAUACCGAGCCAGUCGGAUGGAGACCGUCGUUUCCACAGCCGUCGAUCCUGCAGCAGCGGAGCAGAGAAGGGCAGAGCUGCCGUCCUGCAGUGAGGGCCAGCCUCAUGUGGAGGUCACAUCCAACGGCUCAGAGACGUUUACCAAGAGCCCGAACAGUCCCUCGCACUAGAGCAAACACCAUCAGGUGGCUAGGAACAAAGUGUCAAUGUUUGACGAGCAGCGGCUCAAACCUGCCAUCGGCCCGCUCUUCCUGCUCUAAAGACGCCGUCGUGCUCAGACGCUCAGCUACUGUUGUACCGGUCAAGUGCAUUAAUACCCCACGGAUGCCUGGAUCGUCAGUGGGUGGGGAACUGUCUUGGAAGUGAAAACCAGUGGUGGAAAGUAACAAUUUAAGAACAUUUACUUAAGUAUUGUAUUUAAGUACAAUUUUGAGGUACUUGUACUGACAAUUUUCUGAUUAAGAUUUUACAUUAAAAAACAUAUGAUAAACUUAUAAAAUACAAAACAAUACAAAAUCUGUUACAAAGAAGCAAUGUCAACUGGGGGCUCCUGGUCAUGUUUCAGUGUCUCUGAGUUGUUAGCAGUUCCACCAAAGAGACAUUUCCCCUCUAAACUUCUCACAUGGUUUCAUUUAAAUGACUGUUCGAGGCCCAAAGAGGAAACAUGAUCCAAUAUUUCACAAAAAACAAAGAUUAAUGCUGAUUUGUGUAUCAGAACAUCUCUACUUUCUUCUUCUUUCCUCUCCCAUUAAUCAUCCCACGACCCCUCAGAUUUAUCUGGUGACCUUUGGAGGGGCCCGACCCCUAGGUUGGGAACCACUGGACUAAACUAGCUAACUGUAAAUAAAGUAGUUAAAACUAGCUCCAUCUCGAGCAGCUACAACAGUAAAAUGCUGCUCUAACAUUGAUGCAUCAGUAUUGAAGGGACACUUAACCCCCAAAUCAAAAAUACAUAUUUUUCCUCUUACCUGUAGUGCUAUUUAUCGAUCUAGAUUGUUUUGGUGUGAGUUGUUUUGGAGAUAUCGGCCGUAGAGAUGUCUGCAUUUUUUUUUAUAUAUCUAGUUUAAUUAUAUUCAAGAAAGGCAGACAUCUAUUUUUUAAUUUUGGGGUGAACUGUCCCUUUAACAAUCUAAUAAUGUCGUUUUGGUGAUAAUGUGUACUUUUACUUAAGAAGGAUUUUGAAUUCAGGAUGUUUACUUGUAAUGGAGUAUUUUUACAUCGUUGUAUUAGUACUUUUACUUAAGUAACGGUUUUGAGUACUUCUUCCACCACUGGUGAAAACGUGUGGACACUGUUGGACACCACACACACACUCACACUGGCUGGCUUCAUCAUUCAGCAUGUGCGGCUCCAACGCAGCAUUCUUGGACUGGUUUGGGAAAGCAUGACCGUCUACUUCCCCUGGCAACAAGUCACGUCAAGUUGAGUUUGUGACGCUGUGUUUGUGUUGUGUGGAAAUAGGGAGACAGAUUUAGUGUGUGUGUGUGUGUGUGCAGAUCUAGCACCUGUUGGACAGGAUUAGCCCCUUGUUUUGACAAUGUGUAGAGCAGGGUUCAGUCUGCAACAGGCGGGUCACAGGCCAGCUAAAUAUAGAGGAUAGGACACAUAUAGACAGCGGUGGAUCCUUUACUUAAGUAAAAGUACUAAUACCACACUGAAAAUACUCCACUACAAGUAAAAGGCCUGCAUUCAGAAGCUUACUUAAGUAAAAGUAUGUAAGUUUUAUCAGCAAAAUCAAAGUAAAAGUCGUCCCUGUGCAGUAAAAUGUAAAACGCUCCUGUCAGUGUUUUAUUAUAUCUGAUGUUUCUGGAUUCAUAUUCCUGCUGCAUUCAUGUGUGUGUUGCAUUUUGCUGCUGCAGAUGUUUCAGGUUGAGCUCAUUUUAACUACUUUAUAUACUGUUGGGUAGUUUCAUCUGCAGCAAUGCAUCAUGGUCUAUAAGAUCAUCACAUGUUUGCAGCGUUGCUGUCCUGUGAGAACCACGUAUCUCUAAAAAGUCGACGUUUUCAGCUCUGUGACGAUGCGUUUCCCAGCUGAUCCGAGGGGGGGUUAAAGGGUUUAUUCAGCUUCAGGAGGAGGAGAGUUUUCUCAGCACAUAAAGGAAACUCUUUAUCCUUCAGUUCAUCAACACAUCUGGAGAUACGUGGUUUUCACUGGACAGAAAUGAAAAACUGUAAUCUGUAAUGUAACAAGUAACUAAAGCUGUCAGACAAAUGUAGUGGAGUAAAAAGUCCAAUAUCUGCCUCUGAGAUGUGGCAGAGUGGAAGUAUGAAGUUGCAUAAAAUGGAAAUACUCAAGUGAAGUACCUCAAAUUUGUACUUGAGUAAAUGUACUUAGUUACAUUCCACCACUGCAUAUAGAGGGAUUGAUAAAGUGCUAGAGGAAAACAUGAGGAGCUUCUCCACAGCCAGCCACCCGUGUGCAUCUCUUUACAAGGACUGGGGGGGGAAGUGCUGCCUCACUGCUGAGGAAUGAUGCUAUUUCAGCCUCGCAGACAACAGCUGCACAAAUUCAUUCAAAUAAUGUCCACAUGCAGUUUACUGGACUGCUCUACCUGUUUAACCGCUCUAUUUCUUGUAAUGUGAGUGCAUGUUGAGUAUACAGAAUGUGUGAGGACCAAAUAUUCUCAUGUCAUGUGGUACAAGGACAUGCUGCCAUUCAUUGGUUCAGUGUAAUUACAGGAGGUGCCCUAGAAAUGACCCAUCUACCUUACAGUAUGUGCUGUUACAGAAAAUUGGCUCGUGCUGUUGACCUCAUACGUUUCAGGGACAAGGAAGCGCCGAGUCUCUUUUUGUCUUUGAACUAGUUGUUUGUCUUUACCUGCACUUGAUCAAAUAUCUGAGCAGUUUUCUAAUCUAACGUACAGCUGAAGGACGGAGCUGGAGGAACAUGAGACUUUCUUCUACAGCAGUCUGACAAACAUCCACUGAUUAUUCGAUCAGUUCUCCUCCUCUGGGAUCAGCUGCUCAUCUUACGGAUAUAACCGGAUGUGUUUGUGUUUUAUUAUGUGUUUAUAACAAUAUGAUAUAACAGAAGUUAAAAAUGUGUGUUAAUACAAUAUUUCUUCAUCAAAACACAGAGUCACAGCGAAGACUCAUCUGGUUAGUUCCACACAAUCACGUUUUCCACCACACGGGCUUAUUAUUGUGUAACAAGCUGAUUAGUCCAAAUGAUGUUAUCAAUAAAAUAUAUCUUAUAUUACA